CAAGCAUUCCAACAAUGGCCGCGGCUGACAGCUGCAUCGAUUUUAGAGUAGAUUUCAUCACAGAAUCUGUAGUGAAAACUGUUGGUCUCACACCCAAACCUUACAUUCUCACCCUCUCAAAUUUCGACCUCUUGUCUGGCCGCUUUCCGGUCACCUACUUCUACUUCUUCCGCAGCCCAAACCAGUUUCAUUCAUCAUCACACAAAAUCACUGAGAAUUUGAAAGCUUCACUUGCCCAAUGCCUCUCUCUUUUCUACCCUUUCGCCGGCCGAAUAGUGGCAAAUCCAAAGACUGAUGAGCCUGAAAUCUUGUGUGACAAUCAUGGCGUUUUGGUUGUGGAAGCACAGGCAAAUAUUCAUUUGAAAGAGCUCGAACUACUCUACAAUCUCAACAAGUACGUGGAGAGGGGAAAGCUAGUCCCCUCCCGCCAAGACGACUUCGCGGUGCAGAUUCAAAUCACACGCUAUACCUGCGGAGGCUUAUCUUUAACGUUCACGUUUGACCAUGCCUUGGGAGAUGCAAGCUCCUUUGCCAAAUUUCUGGUCACGUGGACCAACAAGCCUCCCUCUUGUUCUCCAGACCACCGGAGAUUUCUCCUCCGCCCGAGGUAUAACACAUCCUUGGACCAAACCUUCGUUUCCUGCUCCCUUGACGACAUACUCAACAUGCGCCCACUCUCAUCAUCAACUAUCAUGCUCAAGCGCCUUUAUUAUAUCGAUGCAUCAAGCAUCCAAAAGCUGCAAAAACUGGCCUCUGAAGAUGGAAUGAGCAGGAAGCGGACAAAAAUCGAGGCAUUCUCGGCUUAUAUAUGGAAGGUUAUGGUGAAUGCUGUGGACAAAAGCCAUAACAAGUGCAAGAUGGGAUGGUUGGUUGACGGGCGGACAAGAAUUGCAGGAACAGGCGACAACAACCACCUAGUCAUGUCAGAUUACAUAGGCAAUGUUCUGUCUCUGACAUUCGGAGAAUUAACCAUGGAUGAACUGAAACACGGGAGCAUAUCUGAAAUCGCAAGCCAUGUUCACGCGGCAAUCUCUACAGCAACAAACGCGGAGCAUUUCUUGGAUUUGAUUGACUGGAUAGAGUGCCAUAGGCCAGGGUUGAUGCUGUCGAAGAUGGUGUUAGGGCGAGAUGGCCCCACCGCGGCGCUUGUAGUGUCAUCCGGACGGCGGUUUCCGGUGGGCGAACUGGACUUUGGGUUUGGGAGUCCGGUUCUUGGAACAGUUUGCUCCACCAUAGAAAGGAUAGGAGUUGGGUACAUGAAUCAAAGGCCAAGUGGCAGAGGUGACGGGUCUUGGACGGUGUCCGCAAUCUUGUGGCCGGAGAUGGUUGCUGCACUUGAGUCCCAUUCAGAAUGUAUUUUUCAGCCCAUCACUGCUCACAAUCUGCACUUAUCAUGACGUACUCUUCUUGUGUCAUUUAAUAUGACUGCUAAAUUUCAAUAUCUUUUCUGGUGUCAGAAUCCCUAACUCCGGUCUGACAGAGCAUUUGAGAGUAUAUGAAUUAGGUGACUCAAAUGCCUGGUGUGCUGUUAAGGUUCGAACAUUAAUCUCUUCCUCCAAAUAAGACUUAUGAACCAAUAAGUUAAGCC